UUAAAACAAAAGUACGAGACAGGAAACUCAGAGGGGAUUAACUGCAAGGAAGGAAAACAGAUGAGAGUGAAAGAAAAAAUCGGACAAUAGAUCAAAAAUCCCAGGGUAUCCUGAUAGAUCCUGUAAAGCAGCAUGAAUAAUCGUUCCAUCGCCUGGUGGCUGCAACAGGUUGGCCUGCCCCAGUAUACCAAAACACUAGAAAAUGAAUAUUUUGGUCUGGAGGGUUUGCAGAAUGUAACGGAUGAAGAGCUAAAGGCAGCAGGGAUAGAGGAUGCCGGGCACAGAGAAAUCCUCCUCACUCAACUUUCAAGACAGACACUGAGGCUGGGCCCACACUCUGGUGAGCAGGUGGUAAAACGUAGAAUCAGCCGGAAUUACUCCCUAGGAUCAUAUGUAGAUCUGGAGAGUCCUAAAGAUUUGUUUCGUCAGAGUAUCCUUCCCCGCCUCCAUCGUGUGGACAAAAAGCACCGCUUGUCUGUCUCUUGCUCUCAGCUUCGCCCUCUGAAUGAAGAUGAGACCAUUAUCCAGGAGAGUAAACUCAGUAAAAGGAAAAGUAUCUCUGCAUACUUCGCCCACCUGAAGGGAUUAGUUGGUCGGCGAGAGAUGGAUUCACUAAAGAAGGAGCUGGAAGAGGAGCUGAAGCUCAACACAGAGGAUCUAAGGAGUCACGCCUGGUACCACGGACAGCUGACCCGGGAGGCUGCAGAGUUGCUGUUGCAUAGAGAUGGGGACUUCCUUGUUCGUGACUCAAGUUCUGAGCCUGGGAACUAUGUUUUGAGCUGCUUUUGGAGGACCACUCCACUGCACUUUAAGGUCAUUCGAGUCGUCCUUCGUCCUAAAAAGGGAUACUCGCGGGAGCUGUUUCAAUUUGAGGAAGACCGCUUCGAAAACGUGCCGUCUCUCAUUCGGUUUUAUGUUGGUGGGCGUCGGCCUAUUUCCAAAGCUUCCGGUGCCAUCAUCUUUCAGCCAAUUACACGCACCCUCCCUCUGCGUGCCAUCGCCGAGCGACACGCAGAGCUCAAGAGUGGCGGCGUCAGAAGUGUGGAGCGAGAAAAGCUGUCCAGGAACAGUAAAAGACGCAGCUUCAGCUCCACGCACAACGACACGCUCCAGGUCAUCAAUCCCUUGCUCAGGAGUGGAAGUCAACCCGCUAACUUAGAGAAUGUUGGACGGAGGCCUUCUCUUCAGUCUGCACAGUCUGACAGCAACCUUAGAACGGGUGUUCCAGAGAGCAGUCAGUCAGAGGAUGCUGGCCCUGAACCCAUCUCUCCGGUGUUUCGUACAGGCAGUGAGCCCAUGCUGAGCCCGCGACCGCGUCACACACGCCCCUCCCUCCUAGGUGGUGGUGUGACCUUGCGAGGUUCGGACGGGCAGCUGCACUCCAGAGCUCCCCCCAAACCCCUCAGAGUCUCUGUUGUUUUCCCCAAUAUGGUACCUCCUCCACCUUCCGACCCAGAUGAAGACCCUUCAUCUUUUUACGAUGAACUGGUGAUCCAGGUCCCACAGAGCCGGCGGAAGGGCCAUGUGGACCGGCUGCGGGUAGAGGAGAAGUGGCAAAGCCGUGCUCGCAUCACAGAGACCUCUUUUGGACUACUGGAUGCUCAGGAAAACGCAACAUCACCACAGCCACUAUUUGAUAAAGAUUUUCAGAGGAAAGCUUCUGAGAAAGUAGAAGACUGGCACUUUGAACGGCCUCAGAUGGAGACAACAUCAUGUUUCCAGCUGGAGCUUUUUGAAUCACUUCUUUUGCCAGACAACAACCGACCUUUGGAGCCCGGCGUGCUGCUCACCCUCAAAGAGCACUUCAAUCGCUCCGACCCAAGCACGACCGCUCUGCACAUGCUCAGUGUUGACUGUCAGGUUGCUAGAAUUGUAGGAGUGACCAAUGAGCAGAAAAGGAUCAUGGGAGUAGAUUCAGGACUGGAGCUGGUGACUCUACCACAUGGACACCAGUUACGACAGGAUUUGCUAGAAAGGCAUCAUCUAAUAGCGCUAGGAGUGGCAGUAGACAUCCUGGGCUGCACAGGAACUGUGAGUCAGAGAGCAACUGUUCUGCACAAAGUAAUCUUGUUGGCUCAAGCCCUGAAAGAGCAGGUCCACAACCUUUACUCCUUCUCAGCCGUGAUGAAAGCUCUGGAGAUGCCUCAGAUUGUGCGCCUGGAGAUGACAUGGAGAGCACUGAGAAGGAAUCAUACAGAGAGUGCAAUAUUAUAUGAAAAACAGCUCAAACCCUUCAUGAAGUUACUGAAUGAGGGAGAUGGCUCUUCACUUGAGGGUACUGUAGCCAUCCCACACCUACUUCCUCUGCUCAUGGUCAUGGAGGGGGACGACCCUCUGGAGAACAGCGAUCAGGGCUGCCAGCUGCUUUACAACGUACUUCAGUCAGCUCGCAGCAUUGCCUUGCACGCCGCCGACUAUCAGGAGUUUGCACGUUCUCUACUCACAGGGGGCUGGGAGCCGGUGCCCGAGCUGCUGGAGGCGUUCCGGACAGAGUUCGCUCUGCGGCUGUUUUGGGGUCAGCAGGGUGCAGCCGCAGACAGGAAAGAGAGAUACGAGAAAUUUGACAAGAUUCUUCAUGUCCUCUCUGAUAAACUGGAACCUGUGGAGGUCGUCCCACAACAAGCAGACUCUUUACUCUGAGCCGUGUUCCAUCAGGUGGAAGCUGACAGCAGCACUUUCUCCAUAAGAGGAAACAAACAAACAAACAAAAAACUGCAAACUGAGCCCCUUGUGAUUAUUAAGAGAGAUCGUAUGGCAUCAGGCAGAGGGAAAAUAAACGUCUUUAUUUACAGAGAUGUGAGCAAUUUGUCUUUGUCAGCUGGAUUAAGUCAACAGAUUUAAUCGUGUGUGAGCAGAUCUUCACUGUGAAGAGACUUUUCCACAGGAAAAGUGGAACUAUUAAGCUCCUGCAGUUUCCAAAAUGUACAUUUCUAACAACCAACCAGUGUUUCAUUAAAACAAACCCCAGUGGUUCCAUGUCUGAUUUCAAAGUAAAAGCGUAGUUUGAACACUGUAUGAAUCUCUGUAAAUGUCAAAUAAAAACAGACUUUUGAGAAGUC